CAGUCAAGCUUAGCUCUCACUAAGUUUGGUGCCAGUUUGGUGUUAGUUUGGUGCAGUUGUGUAUAAUUGCGUCUGUUGCUGAAACUAAGGUACUGUGUUACAGCCCGUCUUCGCGUGACAUUCUCAGUUGGCGUGUGGUUGAUUUUAGCGUCCCAACACAUCGGCACGUCAGUAGUAGUCUGCAGCGACGCAUCCCGUGAGCAUUAUCAUCGAUCGCGGGACUCCCCUGGCCACUGACCGCUGACAGUGCCGCCACCAGGAGCACGCAGCUAUCAGACCGUCGGGUUUUCCGACCAGAGGCGCCACUGUUCACAACAGAGGCCAGCCAGCGACCGGCACUGCCGCAGUGGGGCAGUCUGCUCAGCAUGUGCCGUCUCACGCUGUGCCUACUGCUGCUGGUGGGCGUCUCCGUGGGCGUCUCUGUGGGCGUUUCCAUGGGCGUCUCUGUGGGCGCCCAUCUGACGCCCGGCACCCACCACAUACAGCGGCGCCAGGCGGCUCCGCGCGGCGCCGACAUCUCCACAUCCUGUCUGCGUUGUAUCUGCGAGGCGCGCCAGUGCGACUGGCAGCAGGGUUGCCAGGGGGGCGCGUGCGGCGGCUACCGCAUCACCGAGCCCUACUUCAACCACAGCAACAUCACCACGGAGGUGCCGCUCUACGGAGACCGCACCUUCGAGACGUGCACCGUCGACCCCAAGUGCGCCAUCACCGUGGUCAGGCUCUACAUGCGCGCGCUGGCCACCGACUGCGACGAGAAUGGCACCAUCGACUGCGACGAUAUGAUGCUGACGCAUUACUACGGCAUCGAAGGCUGCAUCGGCGUGCGCGACUACGCAGAGUUCACCAACGACUGGGCACGCUACAGCGCCUGUAUCGGUUCCGGGUGACCGGCCGACACGGGCGGAGGAGGGGGAAAGUGGGAGUGGGAGGCUGAGUGAAUCUUAGUGAACUGCAGAGUUGUGGCGAUUGUUCGGAGGUAAGCGGAAGUGACCGAGCGAGUUUUGUCGGCUGUCCAGCUAUUGAGGAAUGAUACGUAUCCAGCCUGAGUCUCUGUGUCAUACAUUAUGGCAUGCACAAGAAGAAUGUACAUGCGCGCCCUUAGUCUCUUAGCCCUUAAACCCUUAGUCCAAGGUUUGUCAACUAGAUAACUAGAAACACGUCAAUAAAUGUACUUAACUGACUGAUUUAACACCUUAUGUGCCCUAAGAAUUGUGCCAUUAAAACUGCAACUACGCAAGUCAGCAAUGGGGACAUGCAACAUACUUCUUUUCACUUUUGAGGACAAAUGUCAAAGUGUACGAAAACCUUACAUAAGUAAUUGUAAAAAAAAGCCCCCUGACAGUAUGCUAUUAAUACACCUUUUUGCGUUGUUCGAUG